AAAUUUUUUUCUAACAAGGUAAGAGUUAUGACAUCUAAAAAAAUCACGACAUGAAAUUUAUAAAUAUUUAUAUGUUUAAUGUGAAUAAUAAAUUAAACUUCAAAUAAAAAAUAAACCAAAAGUAAAACAUCAUUGUAAUAAAUUGUCAAUAACGAUAUAAACUAACACCAAACCACAUCAACUAAUUUUGAUUCUCUCUACCAUCGUUCAUUUCAUUUUCUUCGGUGCAUGGUGAAGUCUUUAUCAAAAUUAAAAAUCACAAAUAUAAAACUGAAAAUAGAAAACCUAAAUUUUUAGUUGGAAACUUAGAAUAUAAAACAUAAUUUAAGACUAAAAAAAGGUAAAAAUUAUUUAUUGGUUCAACCGGUGGUUCAACCGGUAUCGGGUUGAGGUUUUACUAGGUUCGUGCGGGUUUCUAAAUAUUGGGUUUUUCAGAAACCCAAACUAGAUUUUUUUUGGGUCACUGGGUUUACCAGUUCAACCGCGGGUCCGGGUCUGGUUUCAAAACACUGGUUUUGACUAAAAGUGCAUUUUUGUGGUUUUGGCGGAAAAAUGUUUUUUCGCAGUUUUGGCGCGAAAAUGCGUUUUUGCGGGUUUGGUGGAAAAAUGCAUUUUUGCGUUUUUGACGGGAAAAGUGCAUUUUUGGCGGAAAAUAUUUUUGCGUUUUUGGCGAAAUAUAUUUAUGCGGUUUUUGCGAAAAAAUGUGAUUUGACGAAAAUGUGUGUUUUGUGGUUUUGGCGGAAAAAUGUGUUUUGCGGUUUUGGCGGGAACAUGCAGUUUUUGCGGGCUUGGUGGAAAAAUGCAUUUUGGCGUUUUUGACGGGAAAAGUGCAUUUUUGCGUUUUUGGCGAAAAAUAUUUUUGUGGUUUUUGCGAAAAAAUGUGAUUUGACGAAAAGGUGUGUUUUGUGGUUUUGGGGGAAAAUGUGUAUUGCGGUUUUGGCGGGAACAUGCAUUUUUGUGGGAAAAUGCAUUUUCCGGUUUUGACAGGAACAUGCAUUUUUGCGUUUUGGCGGAAAAUGUGUGUUUUCCAGUUUUGACGGAAAAAUAUAUUUUUUCGUUUUGGCGGAAAAUGCAUUUUCCAGUUUUGGCACGAAAAUGCAUAUUUACGGUUUUAGCAACAAAGUGUAUGUUUUACAGUUUUGGCGGGAAAGUAUGCUUUCGGAUUUUAUGCAGUUUUACGUUUUUGGUGAGAAAUUGUGUUUUUACCGUUUUAGCCGAAAAGUGUGAUUUUACUAGUUUGGCCGAAAAGUGUGUUUUUAUGGAAAUGUGCGUUUUUACGCUUUUUGCGGAAAACCCUAUUUUGCGGUUUUGGCGGAAAAGUGUGUUUUUCAAUUUUGGCGAGAAAAUGCAUUUUCGGUUCUAGCGGAAAAAUGUAUAUGGAAAAAUAUAGGAUUUUUGGGUUGAAAAUAAUAUUUUGAUUUUAAAAAGUUAAUUUAUCAUUUUGGACUCAAAUAGAUGCAUCUGUAUCUAGAUGUAGACAUGUAAAUUAGGGCGAAGCCCGCAGUCCGAGCACGCCUAGCCCUAAAUAUUACUGGGUUUGGACUUAGUUUUAUAAGCCCAAAAAAAAUCGGUCAUAUUAGUUUCAUGUUGUGCGGUUGCUUCUUACGGCGUUGUAGGUUAUUUCAGUCAAUAUUGGUCCUCUUUUUUCUUAGAUUUUGGAUAAGGUUAUAAACUACAUCUUGUUGCGCUGGGUCAGAGAUUAGUUGUCAUUGAUGUUUUCGUCCUCGUUGUUGGUUUACCGUCGAUAGUCUCUGCUCGUCUUGGUUUUCAAGAUAUGGUUUUUGGUGAUCUGACUUCGAUGCUCUUUUUCUUAGCUCGAGGAUGGCUCCAUGGUUUAUUGAUUUCAUUUGUCUCUUUUUUAUCUCUUUUCUCAUCUCGUUGCAUUUCUCAUCGCUGAUCACAUCUCUGGAGGCUCUCCCUUUGUCCGCUUGGAAGGUUGUUUAUGAUCUCAAGUUUAAGCUUUAGUUUCUCGGUGGUUGGCUUUCAUUCUCCCCCACUCAGGUUGUUUAUUUUCUUUUCAUGCAUCCUUUGGUGUACGUGUGCGGAGUUAAUCUCUUUGGAGCUUUGGUUUAUUCUAUUCAGAGUUUUGUUGUUCUUCGCUGGCAUGGACGUCUUGUAUGUGCUUGUUUAGUUUGUGAGGUGCUUUCUAUCUCUUAGCUCGUGGUUGUGCUUCUAGUGCUUUAGACAUGCGUCUUUUUAUUUCGUGGUGACUUUGUUUUCCCUUGAUUAUUCUUUCUCUGAUCCGCUUUUUUGGUUUUUUUUGGAGUGGUAGUUGAUCGCGAUCCUUUGUGUUUCAGGGAUUACUUUGUCUCAUAUUUUAUCUUUUUACCUUUUUUUGACAUCUGAUUGUUCCAGCCAAGACAUUCUAUUGUAAGAUGAGAUAUGUUAGUCUUUUUUGUUGAUAUCUUUUCAGCUCCAAACUUUUAUUGAAUUAAUGUUAAUAUGGUAUUUUGUUUUUUCUCUCUUACUGUGGAAGUUUUAUGUUUAUAUUAUGCAUUUCACUCUAAUUUCUUCUUAUUAGUUUGAUCAUUUUAUAUUUUUAAUAGUUAAAUAAAUAUAUAAUUUGUAAAUUAAAUAAUAGAAAAUGGUAAAAUAAUAAAUAACAAAAAAAAUUAUUAUUUUUUGUUGUGAAUAAAUUAAAUAUGUAAAAUAUAUUUCUAUUAUUUAUUUAUUUUUUAUUCAUCUUGAAUUUUAGUGAACAAUAAAAUAAAUUAUCAAACUUCAUACGAUAAUAAUAGUGCGAAAAAGAUUAGAUGGUGCACAAUUAGAAAGUAUUUGGCCAAAUUGCAAUACUCUAAAAGAAAAAAAGACCUAAAAUGUAAAAAAAAUACAUAGAUGACACGUGUCAAAAAACUUCUCUGCCACUUAUCAGAAAAAAAAAAGAUAAAACCAACUUUAUAUAUAUAUAUAUACGAAUUCUUGUCUAUGUAAUCAACGCUGCCAUUAGUUUCUUUAUAUCUAAAUAAAGCUCUAUAAUUAUUCAAUCUAGACAUUUACUAUGAAAUACAAUCUAGACAUUUACUCAUCUUGGUGACAAUCUAAGUUCUUCUUUCUCCUUAGUUUCUUUAUAUCUAAAUAAAGCUCUAUAGUUAUUUUCCAUUUCAAUAAAGCUUUACAAAGCUAUUAUCAUCUUUCUAGGUUUCUCAAAUGUUAUCAGCGACGAGCACGAAACCGGCAUAGCUGAGCAUGGCGACGUAGUAGACAGCUUGGACAAUGCUCUCUCGGUGGCUUGGGCUUUGAUUUCGGUGGAGAGGAGCUGCAAGGGCGAACUGAGACUCGCGAUGAUGGAUUGCGAUGGAGAUAACUCUGAGAGAAGGCGAUUCGGAGCUUCUCGAUGGUGGCCACAACGGUGUUCGUGUUACAGUGGAGCACAAUCCCUGCGAGAGGAGAUCAUGGAGUGGUGGUUAGAAUCGAGCUCAACCGCGGGUUGAAGUCAGCAGAUGGUCACCAUUUAACAGAGGGCGUGGCAACUUUGUGAUCUAUUCUCUUUCUUUUUUUUGAAUUCUUAUUCUCUCUCUGGAUAUUAAAAUCCCAGAAGGAACCGAUGAUGAUGAUGAUAGAAAACAAUUGUUCUUGAUCGUAGAUCGUGAAAAUUGUUUUAUAAAUUACGAUUUGAAUAAUUUAAAUUUUAUUUUCUGGUUGGAAAAGAAAAGGGUAGCACUGGAAUUGUACAUUACCAUUUUUUUGUAAAGACAAGAGGAAAAUGUCUUUGAAUGUAAUAUUUUAUUUUCCCACUUUGGUCUGUCAUCUCUUAGAUUAUAUUUGUGAAGUGAUUUUGUCACAUGUGCUUUCUACAAUCAAUUUCACAAAACAAAUAUGACAUAGAUACUGAAAUUGAUGACAUGACUUCCAGAAAAAUAUGACAUGGAUAAUUUCAUUUAAUGUUGAUUUAUAUUUUUAGCAAACUUAUUAUAAUAUGGUAAUAAUUUAUAUAUUACAUUCAAAAUUGAUAUUUCUUUUUAGUAAUUUUUUUUUUAAAUAUGGUAAUAGCUCAUACAUCAUCUAUAAAAUAAAUAUAUUCAUAUAUAACAUUUCAAAUUUUGAAAUAUUAUUAUUUUUGUAUAAUUUUACAAUUUGUAUUACUAAAGCUUCCAAAAAUUUCUAAAGUUUUUUUUUAAAUUUAAAUAUCUAAUCGUAAGAUCAUUAGUUUCUUAUAUAUCAACAAAUUUUAUAAAUAUUGUUUAAGCUAAAUUUUUGAUAAUUAUACAAUUUUAUAUCAUUUUUAUUAGUUUUAUACAAAUUGAUUUAAUAUAUAAUAAAUCUAUAUUAAAUAUUAGUAAGAAAAUAGUAAAAUCAAUAAUAUUUAAUUAAAUUUAUUUUUAAAUAUAAGUUAUAUUUAAAAAAAAAAUUAUUGCACAUGGAAAACAGCUAGUCUAUAUUACAUAUGCAAAGUUGCAAACCGCUUUUUUGUUUGUUUUGUUUUGUAUACAGACACUCAAUUAUCUGACGUUGAAAUAAAUAUUAUUUUUCCUACUUGGUUUUCCACUUCAGCCCUACGCUCCAUUAGCAGUCCUCGAAGAGAAAACAAAAUCAAGCUUUUUAUUUUUCUCCUUUCAUGGCUACCUCCUCUUCCACAGUACCUCCUCAACAUCAAGUCUUCAUCAAUUUCCGAGGGAAGGAUCUACGCCGUGGAUUCGUCGGCUUUCUUGUUGAUGCGUUGAAAAGGGAAAAGAUCAAUGUUUUUAUGGACGAAUUCGAAGAAAGAGGCAAACCUUUAGAUUCCCUUUUGACUAGGAUAGAGGGGUCGAGAGUUGCUGUGGCUAUAUUCUCUGAGAACUACACCGAAUCAAACUGGUGCUUGAAGGAGGCUGAGAAGAUGAAUGAAUGCAGGGAGAAAGGCAAUCUGGUGGUAAUACCCAUAUUCUACAAGGUAGAACCAUCCACAGUGAGAGGUUUGAAGGGAGAUUUUGGUUAUAAGUUAUGGAUUUUGGCCAAGGGUGAUGAGAAGAGGAAGAAACAGUUUGAUGAAGCCUUGGAGUCGAUUCCUAAUCUAUUCGGUAUCACUGUGGACGAUACAAGCGACGAGUGUCAAAAAAUCAAUGAUAUUGUCAAGGCGGUUAAGACAGUCUUGCUCAAGAUUUCAGUGAUAGAGAGCCAAGACGUCACUGGUGAUUCGUCAGAGACUAGUGAUGAUGGGACAGUCUCAGGAGGAGAAAAGCAUAGGACUUUUGGAAUGGACAAACGUCUCAAGGAGCUGGAAGAUAGGUUUGGUAAACACAAAGGAACUCGUAUCAUUGGAGUUGUUGGGAUGCCUGGAAUUGGUAAAACCACACUCAUGAAAGAACUCUUUGAGAUGUGGAAGCCUAAGUUUGUUAGGCACGCUCGAGUCGACAAAAUCCGUGUACAGGCGAAGGAUUUGGGGUGUGAUUGCUUGCCCACAUUGCUUUUAGAAGAGCUAUUGGGAUUGGAAGAUCCUCACACAGAGAAUGUUGAAGACCCGUACGAAACGUACAAAUGUCAACUGCUUGGACGCAAAGUUUUUGUCGUUCUCGAUGAUGUUAGUAACAUGGAACAAAUAGAUACUCUUCUUGGGAAACGUGACUGGAUUAGUGACGGAAGCAGGAUUGUCAUUGCAACAAGUGACACGUCCUUAACAAAUGGUCUGGUUGACGACACAUACGUGGUCCAAAACCUGGACCACAGAGACAGCUUACAACUUUUUCACUAUCACGCCUUCAGUGAUGAUCAUCAAUCCAAUCCUCCCAAGGAAGAUUUCACGAAGCUGUCAGAAGAGUUUGUACAUUAUGCAAGAGGCCAUCCACUAGCUCUCAAAAUGUUGGGUGUAGAGCUAUACAAUAAAAAUAGAAAUAUAGAUUAUUGGAAAUCGAAACUGAAGACACUCUCUCAAAGUCUGACCCCCAAUAUUGGAAGUGUAUUCCAAAUGAGUUAUGAUGAACUGCGUUCAGAGCAUAAAGUUGCAUUUCUUGAUAUAGCCUGCUUCAGAUCGGAGAGUGUGGAAUAUGUAGAAAGUUUACUGGCUUUGUCUGACGCCGAAUCUCCUGACACAAUGAGUGCAGUAGAAGUCCUCAAGAAUAAGUUUCUGAUUAAUACUUGUGACGGUCGAAUGGAGAUGCAUGAUCUACUGUACACAUUUUCAAGGGAGCUAGAUCCUAAAGCAUCCACUCAAGAUUGUAACAGACAACAACGGAGGCUGUGGCUCCAUCAAGACAUAAUGAAGGGAGGCAUAAUUAAUGUUCUGCAAAACAAAAUGAAAGCUGCCAAUGUCAGAGGUAUUUUUCUAGACUUGUCUGAAGUGAAAGACCAGACGACCUUAGACAGCGAGCACUUCUUAAGGAUGUGCAAUCUCCGGUAUCUUAAGUUCUAUAAUUCUCACUUUCCUCAGGAAUGUGAAACCAAAAAUAAGAUAAACAUUCCUGACGGACUUAAGCUACCACUGAAAGAGAUCCGAUGCCUCCACUGGUUAAACUUUCCACUGGAGGAACUUCCAAAUGAUUUCGACCCGAUUAAUCUUGUUGAUCUCAAGUUGCCCUACAGUGAGAUUAAACAACUUUGGGAAGGCGAAAAGGAUGUACCAUCCUUAAAGUGGGUCGAUCUCAGUCACUCAAGUAAGUUAUGCAGCUUGUCAGGGUUAUCAACGGCUAAAAAUCUUCAACGAUUGAAUCUUGAAGGCUGCACGGCACUGAAAACUUUGCCUCGUGGUAUGAAAAAAAUUAAAAAGCUUGCUUUCCUGAAUCUGAAAGGUUGCACAAGUCUUGAAUCUAUUCCAAAGAUGAACUUAAAUUCUUUGAAAAGUCUUACUCUCAGCGCCUGCUCAAAUUUUAAGGAGUUUCCACUGGUUUCAGAAAAUAUAGAGACUCUAUAUUUAGAUGGUACAUCAAUAAGUGAGCUUCCUACAAACAUGGAGAAGCUUCAGAGACUUGUUGUAUUGAAUAUGAAGAACUGCCAAAAUCUGGAGAAAAUCCCAGUCCGGGUUGGUGAGCUGAAAGCUCUUCAAGAACUGAUACUCUCUGAUUGUUCAAAACUCAAUUAUUUUCCAGAAAUCAAGAUGGCCUCUCUAAACAUUUUACUUUUGGAUGGGACAGCCAUAGAAGUGAUGCCACUACUACCUUCACUGCAGUACUUGUGCUUAAGCAGAAAUGAUGAGAUCAAAUGUCUUCCUGCUGGUAUCAGUCAACUUUCUCAACUAAAAUGGCUGGAUUUGAAGUACUGUACGAGUCUUACAUCUCUUCCAGAGUUUCCACCAAAUCUCCGGUUCUUAGAUGCACACGGUUGUAGUUCGCUGAAGACUGUUUCGACGCCUCUGGCCCGUAUUAUGCCAACCGAGCAGAACCAUUCUACCACAUUCAUUUUUACAAACUGUGAGAACCUGCAACAAGCUGCAAAGGAGGAAAUCAGCUCGUAUGCUCAAAGGAAAUGCCAGUUGUUGUCAUAUGCUCGCAAACGCUACAAUGGGGGUCUUGUUUCAGAGGCUUUGUUCAGCACUUGCUUUCCUGGAUGUGAAGUACCUUCGUGGUUUUGUUAUGAAACAGUUGGAUCCGAGCUAGAAGUAAAACUUCUCCCACAUUGGCAUGACAAGAGGCUUGCUGGAAUAGCUCUAUGUGCUGUAGUCUCAUUUAAUGACUGCCAUGAUCAAAUCAGCCGCUUGUCAGUGACAUGCAACUUUAAACUAAAAGUUGAAGACAAGUCUUGGGUCCCAUUUACUUGCCCAGUAGGAAGUUGGACCAGACAGGGAGACAAGAUUGAGUCAGACCAUGUCUUUAUUGGCUACACCAGUUGCCCAUAUACUAUAAAGUUUCCUGAAGACGAGAACUCUGAUAAAUGCAGUUCUACUGAAGCCUCCCUUGAGUUUACUGUAGCAGGUGGUACAAAUGAGAAGGGAAAAUUAAAGGUGUUGAAGUGCGGUUUGGGUUUGGUGUAUGCAAAGGAUAAAAGCAAAAACAGUUGUCAUGAAGCAAAGUAUGAUAUGCCUGUGGGAGCGAGUUUUCAAGAAAUUUCAGAAGAGGUUGAUGGAGGAGGAGGAAAGAAAAGGAAAAAAACGAAAGGUGAUGAUGGAAGGCCAAAGAAGAAGAAAAAAUCAAGAAGGGAUGAUAAUAUCCCGUGCCAAUCAAACAGUGAUGCAAGGAGGAAAGAUAGUUCAGUGGUCAGGCAUGUUGAGAAUAUCCAAGCGGCAGAUGAAUCUGUUCCAAGUUAAGCACAUUCUUACACAGAACUCCAUGUCUUGAUAAAGAAAGUCCAGCAUGAGUAAAGAUGUCAGUCAAGUACGUUCUCUGGUAUAGAGGUCUAUUUUGAUUUUAUGAGAAGCUUUGUGUCAGAGUUUGAUGACUUGUUUGUGAAGGGGAAGAUUGUUGCAAAUUGAGAUUGGUCUUGGAGCUUCUGGUGAACUGAAGUUUCCAUCUCUCCCUGAAAGGAUGGGUUGGAUAUAUCCAUGUAUUGGUGAGUUUAAGUGUUAUGACAAGUAUUAGCAAUCAAGUCUGCUAAAGGAAGCAAAAUCAAGGGUAUUCACAGUUACAACGCACUGAACGUUCUGUCUCUUGCUUUGAGGAGACAAAGAUUAUUGUCAAGAUACCGGCGAUUUACUGGUCAUACAAGACAGCUAGUCAUGCUGCUGAACUAACUGUAGGAUACUAUAACGCUGAUGGGUAGUCCCUUGUUUUCAAAAUUCUGAAGAAAUAUUCAGUGUCCUGGGCCACAUGUCUUCUAGCUGAUCCAGAAGGUGGUCAAUGCAGCUUGGGACCAGGGACUUCUAUCUCAUUGGCGGAGAGAAUGCAAUUACUUGUUUCGCCAGAAAAAGGUUGUACCAAUAAACCAUCCAGAGAGCUAUCGCCUUUCCUUCUUCACUUUAUCGCCAACCUUCUCCUCUAGUUCAAGGAUCAACUUGCUUUGUAGAUUCGGAUUACUUUAUAAAACGCAUGCACGGUGAGGAUUUAUCUGUACAUACAAUCUAUUGUGCAUGUCUACAUUGCUGAAGUUGUUGUUCUUACAAUUCUUUGUAUGUUGUUGGAGGUGACACAUACACAGCGGUUGGAAAUCAAAACCGAGCAAUAGAAGUUGGUUGACUUUGAAACUUCAAUCUAUGUUUCUGUCUUGAUGUUCUCUCAGGGCCUAUGAUCUUUUUUAUAUGUAAAGCCCUACACACUAUUAUACUAGUUGAUGAUACACUAACCAUUAAAACAAGUUUCUUUUACAAUU